AUGGUUUUACUUAUGAACAAAGAGGAAACUCCAUUUUUGUCAAGAAUGGUUAGUUUUUUUGAAUUCUAAUUCAGUUUCUAUUUCCUGUCAGCAAAACAUCCAAUUCGUUAUUUUUUCAGAGUCACAAAUCGAUUCGUGAAAAAGAGCGACGCGACGAGAUUAACAACAAGAUCAACGAAUUGCGCGGAUUUGUUUGCGAAGAUGAGAUCGAGCGGAAAACGUGAGUACUUUUCACACUUAUAAGCAUGCAUGGGAAAGGGUCAGCAAGAAAGAAAGAAAAAUAUAAAAUAAUAUUUUUGCAGGUUGAAACAAGCUGAUGUUUUGAUUCGAACUGUUGAAUUGGUUCAUCGAAUGGAAAGUGAACAACCAGGUCCUUCAUUUAUCCCAGAAAGAAAAGGAUUUGUUGAUGGAUUCAAUUCAGUGGAAAGUCAAGUCUCGAAUUUUAUCAAACAACUUGGAUUAGAUUUUCAAACUGAACAAGAAUAUCUUGCAAAACUUAAAGCAUGUUUUGAGCAUGAAAGAAGUUCAUUAAUGAUCAAUAAUAUUUCACCAAAAUCAAAUGGAUGUGGACCUUUUCGAUCAAAAUGGUCACCUGAAUCAACAAGAAGUACACCAUCGCCAUAUACAUUAAAAAUGGAUAGAAAAGAAAUUAAAAAGAAUCGGGAACAAGAUCGCAGAGAUAGACAAGGAGAAGCUAUUGAGGCACUUAAACAAUUUUUGAUUUCAAUUUCUGGAGGAAAACUUAGAAGCCAAGUGUAAGUUUAUUAAUAUAUAUUUUUCAAGAAUCACAAUUUAAAUCGUUUUGUUUUCCAGAGAAAAAAUGCAAAGACUUAACACAUUGGAAAAUAUCAUUGAAUAUAUUCGCAACAAAAAAUCGAUGAGUUUUGGUGUAAAAUCUACACGUGAUCAAACACUUUAUUCUCACGCAUGGACUGGUGGAUUUGAAAUUGCCAAACGAACUGCUCUCGAAUUUUUCAGAGUAAGUUAUAAGAAUUAUAUUUCUAUGAAUAACUUUCAUGAAAUCAAUAAUUUUCAGCGUGAUCGUCAUCUUUGUGUCCGAACUGCUGCUUUAGAACAACAUAUCAUGUCGAAUUAUCGUAUUCCAACAGUUGUUCCAAUUCAACUUCCAACAUUUAUUCCAUUUUAUAAUACUGCUCCAAUUUUUCAUCAACAAUUUCAACCAACAAGUCCAGCAUAUUCUCUCGAAUCUCCUCCACCAAUGUCAGAUACAUCUAUGGAAUCAGCAACAACUUGUUCAACCCAAACUAUUUGGAGACCUUGGGAAUAA